ACAGCAGUCCUCAGAAGGUUAUCGGACGUGCAACGGAACGGUCACGACUCCUCGAACAUGUUUCCAACUUGGAGCACUUUUUGUGUGGCGUUUUUCGGUGUUUUUUGCGUGGCAUGCUUUGCCCAACGUGCUGCCGUUCCCGGAUCUCCACGCGGAACACCGUACAGGAUUAAUUUAGCACAAUACAAUCAGGCACUGUUGCCAAGGGUGCGCACCCUGCUCGGGGCGGCUGAGCUAGCGGAGGAGCAGUAUGUGCCGUACUUCGAGCUGCUGCCCGAGUAUCGCGACCGGCUCAGUGGAAACUUCCUGCUCGAUGGAUUUGCACGCGCUCGGGAUGCUGCCCGGUGCCUUACCUGCAUGUCCAGCUCGUACCUGUUCCUGAGCUACUACAACGAAACGAUCGCAAAUGGGCGGGGGGACACGGAGCGGGUGUGGACGUUCGCGAAGCGUAUCUGUCGACUGCUCGGCUUCAAGCAGUACCUGUGCGAGGGUGUGGUCAACAUGAACGGGCAAGUGAUUGAGUAUGUGUUGCGGAACCGCAGGCCAUUCCCGGAGCCGGAAGACAUCUGCCAGAUAUUCCUGCAGGAGCAGGACUGUGUGCGUGAUGGGAGAAGCAUUACGGAGGCGGCUCUCUAUCGCUCCGUUGACAUUACACCACCGGCGGUGCAGGAGGAACAGGUUCGUUCGCGAAUGUAUACCCCACCGGAUGCGGGUGGUUCUUGUUCGGCAAAUCCUGCACCAAAGAAACCACCGCUAACGAUUGUACACCUCACGGACAUCCACUACGAUCCGGAGUAUGUGGUCGGUGUGAAUGCGGACUGUAAGGCGGAGGCGUGCUGUCGAACGCUGCCCGAUCUGGCGCCCGCAACGCCGGAAACGGCAGCCGGCUACUGGAGCGACUAUCGGGACUGUGACACACCGUGGCACGGUGUGGUCGACGUGAUGGAGCACAUACGCCGGCAGCAUCCGAAGAUUGAUGCGAUCUACUUCACCGGGGACAUUGUGCAUCACUUCACCUGGAACACGUCGAUCGAAACGAACGAGGGUGCGAUGCGGCAGGUGUUCGAUUUGAUGAAGCGCGUCUUCCCGGGUGUCCCGUUGUAUCCGGUGUUGGGUAAUCACGAAUCACACCCGGCUAAUUUGUACGCUCCACAUGACGUAGAGGCAUCAUAUCGGAUGGAUUAUUUGUACGACUUUAUCGCGGACCAGUGGGCCGAUUGGCUGCCAAUCAAAGACAUCCGUCCAACGCUAACGGAAGGUGGCUACUACACCGUGCGAACGCCUUACGGCGUGCGCAUCAUCGGGCUCAACAACAAUCCCUGCUUCGUGCACAACUUCUGGCUGUUCUACAGCCUCGACUACUUUAUGCCACAGCUCCAGUGGCUGCACGACACACUCCUGCAAGCCGAGCGGGACAAUGAACGAGUUCACAUCCUAGCGCAUGUCCCUUCGUACGAUGACUCCUGCUUUAUCGGGUGGACGCGCGAGUACCGGAAGAUUGUGGAACGGUUUGCGCACAUCAUUGCGGGCCAGUUUAACGGACACUCGCACGUGGACGAGUUCAAUCUGUACUACAGCCGGGACGAUCCAUCGCGUGCAGUGAACGUGGCAUGGAACGGUGGCUCUACGACCACGUUCACGAAGCUCAAUCCCAACUACAAGGUGUUCCAGUUCGAUCCAGUUACGUUUGAACCGCUGGAACAAGAAACCUGGAUGUACAACCUUACGGAUGCGAACUUAACGCCCGAUCAGCGUCCUUCCUGGUAUCGUUUGUACAGCUUCAAGAGCUACUAUCAACUGCCGGAUCUCAGUGUGGACUCCCUGCACAGGCUUGUCCAACGGUUUGCUCAAUCGGAACAGCAGCUCCAUCGGUACUGGCAAGCGAAGCAAAAGUAUUCCGAUCCACUACUUCAGGAAGGCUGCACCAGUACCUGUCUGCGCAAUGCAUUGUGCGCUAUCGUACGUACCGAGCAUGACGAUGAAAGAGCCUGUGAGCUACUAUACGAACGAGCGGCUCAAUCAAACGCUACUACCACGCAAUCUGGCUAAUAAUUCCCUAAGAUUGUAACUAUUUAAACGAAUAAUGUGAACAAUGUGCCCACUACUUACCGCAA